AUGAAACAUUACAAGAACAUGGGCAGCCCUCAUCUAGUCAUUGUUCCCAAGUCAACCCUGAAGAACUGGAUGAACGAGUUUGAAAAGUGGUGCCCAAGCAUGGUCACCUGUUGCAUCAUUGGUGAUGAGCACGAAAGGAAUCAAGUAAUCCGCGACGUCAUUCUGCCACAAAAGUUCGAUGUUUGCUGUACUACUUACGAAAUGGUGUUGAAAGUCAAGACGCAGCUCAAAAAACUUGUAUGGAAAUACAUCAUCAUUGAUGAAGCUCAUAGGAUUAAGAAUGAGAAGUCAAAGCUAUCCGAGGUAGUCCGUGAGAUCAAAUCGAAGAAUCGUCUUCUCAUUACUGGUACACCGCUUCAAAACAAUCUUCACGAGCUUUGGGCUUUGCUGAACUUCCUGCUCCCCGACAUGUUCUCCUCUUCUGUGGACUUUGAUUCGUGGUUCACUGAUGGUAGUAUGUUGGGAAAUAUUGACAUUAUAUCCAGGCUUCACAAGGUGCUCCAACCAUUCCUUCUUCGUCGUAUCAAGUCUGAUGUGGAGAAGUCCUUGUUGCCAAAGAAAGAAGUCAAGGUAAGAAUUAAUGGUCAUUUCAUUUCCCCAUACGCUUUCCCGAAUUAUAGUUUUUUUCCUAUGAAUUUAUUGUUUUUUGCUCAUAACUUUUUUUUCUAAAA